AUGGGUGGUGGAAAAUUACAUUUUCGAGACUUUCAAACUGAGAAUUUUAAACAUGAAGCCAUGAAAUUCAUCAUUAAAUUGAUUCAAAAAUCAAUUGAUAAACUGAACAAUAAUCCCCCAAUUACAUAUAUCAUGGCUACUGGUGGUGGUGCCCAUAAAUUUUACAAUUUAAUGACUAAAACCUUCCGGAAAUACAAAUUGCCAAUGAAAAUUAUCGCCAAGGAUGAAAUGGAAUGUCUUAUUCGUGGUUUAGAUUGGUUAAUCACAAAAAUCCCCAAUGAAAUCUUCACGUAUGAUUUAAUUGCUGAUCACACCAAGUUCACUGAUUUGCAAUCAGAAUCAAGCAUAUAUCCAUAUUUGCUAGUUAAUAUAGGAAGUGGGGUUAGUAUGGUUAAAGUCACUGGACCUGGUGAACAUGAAAGAAUUGGUGGUAGUACUUUAGGUGGAGGGACUCUUUGGGGUUUGCUUUCAUUACUUACCGAUGCCAAAGAUUAUAAUGAAAUGUUGGAAAUGGCACAACGUGGUAAUAAUGAAAAUAUUGAUUUAUUGGUUGGGGAUAUAUAUGGUACAAAUUAUAACAAAAUUGGUCUUAAGGCCCAUAAUAUUGCAUCGUCAUUUGCCAAGGUGUUCAAAAAAUUAAGAUUUACCAACAAGAAACCAGAAGAUAUCGCUAGAAGUUUACUUUAUUCCAUUUCAAACAACAUUGGUCAAAUUGCAUACUUGCAAGCUCUCAGAUUUAAUUUAAAGAGGAUUUAUUUUGGUGGUAGUUAUAUAUCCGGACAUAUGCAGACUAUUCAUACAUUAAGUUAUGCCGUUAAUUUCUGGAGUAAAGGAGAUAUGCAAAGUUAUUUCUUAAGACAUGAGGGUUAUUUAGGUAGUGUUGGUGCAUUCAUUAUGGGACCAGCCUCAAAUAAUAGCGAAUAA